AUGGACAGUACCGAGGGGUCUCUCUCAGAGGCAGAAGCGCCCCCAUCUAAGAGACCUCGCAAAUCGUCUUGCGAUGCACAAACAAAUGCUAGAACAGAAACACAGAAACAAAAAGACUUUGAUAGUACAAAAACAGUGUCUUCUCCUGUACCGAAGGAGAGUGGAGUCACCCAGCAGAAAGUUACCAAUGGCAUAUCUCCCUUAACUCUACCUCUCCAUGCAGCCACACCUCUCGUAGAUCUUCCCUCCAUUGAUAGCAAUAAAUCGUAUAAAAAAGAAGACCCACCAAAUUGCACUUCUGAAAGUAGUAACGACAGCACUGAUAAGAGUAAAAAGAAGGUAGUUAAUGGCGACUCAAGCAUCAAAAAUGAAAAUACUAGUGACUUUUUUAAAGAUGAGGAAUUUUAUGACGAUGACAGCUCUGAUCCACCCGAAAAUGGAGAUUCUGAUAUGCUCAAGACCUCUCUGCCAUUAGCGUUGGGGAAAUCAGGAGUGAUUCUACCCGAAGGAUUGUUGGAGUCAUGUGUGCCAGUAGGGAUGACGUCAGCAAUGGGGCCAAUUAACUAUGCAACUCUUGUAGCCUCUGAAGGUAUCCUUCCUUCUGUCACAACAACUCAAGGUUCUACUGUCUUGAUAGCUCCAAAAGGUGUGAUUUAUUAACCUACCAGCCUGGAAUUUUGAUAAAGUCACAUUUUUGCUUGAUAAGAAAAAGACUUUAGCUGUUUGUGCUGCUGAAUUUAGUACAGUACAGUACUAUAUCAGAACUCUUUAUUUAAUUUUCCAUUAUAAUGUGCUGCUGAAUUUAGUACAGUACAGUAUUAUAUCAGAACUCUAUUUAAUUUUCCAUUAUAAUUUGAUACAUGGUUACUGGGUAAUAAUUUCAUAUCAGCAAUCUUGAUGGAUUAUUUAGUACAUGAAUAGAUUAGUUCAUCACAACCUGUUCUCUCAUAUCUGGCCUUUUUGUGUUUUUUUUGAAAUCCCAAACAUUGCGCUUUCCGUAAACAAGGCGCAUGUAGCCUUAGAACCUGUUAAUUAUCUGCUUCACUGUUCUUGCACCUGGAUUGCAGGUAACAGCUCUAGUUAUCUGGAUUUGUUCUCCAAAGCAGGAUCUAUGAAUGAUUUCUAUACUUCAUCAUCUACUUAUCUAGUGCAAGUUUCGUGGUGAGGGAAGCUUAUUCUAGGCAAAUAUGUUAUUAUUUUUGGAUUUUUUUUAUAUAUAUAUUCUGGCCAACUUUGUCAUAAGGAACAAAUAUGCUGCCACAAAAGAACACUCUCCGUUUGUCCUUAAGGCUUUAAAGACCUGAGGGUCUUUGACUCCUUGUCUAGACUUGU